CUACCCAUCACAUAGGAGGGGGGGUCUUGCAACAUACAGAGAAGAAAAAUACCCAUCUGAGCCUCAUCAUAUUUUUUUAUACAUACAUAGAUAUUAUUUUUAUAACUCAGACGCGCGCCUAUGCCUAUAUAAAUAUGAUCAUGUGUAUUUAUAUAUCAUAGAGUGGGUUCUUCUUUAUUCAGUAUUAACACUGAAUAACAGCAUCACGUUUUCCCCAGAUAAGCGGCAAGGAUUUUGCUGGUAGCCUCUGUGCCUACACUCUUGCUUGUGGCUAUUUUUUUCUGGAUAUUCUUCAGACAAUCUGGGCUUUGCCCCCCUACACGCCAUUAGACCUGGGACUCUGCAUUCUGCAAUGCUUUCAUGCCAAUGGGGAUGCAGCAGAGUCUGAUCUCUCCAGAGCUACAGAAUUUGCCUCCCUAAGAUGCUCAGACUGGACCCCUUAUUUAUCCUGGUGGUUUCCAUGUCGUAUUUCAAUCCUGAAAAGGCCUUGGCAGCCCCGGCAGAAAAUGAUGGAUCCUCUCAAGGGCGUGUUCCUCUUGCUCCACCAUACGCCGUGGUCCUUAUUUCCUGCUCAGGACUCUUGGCCUUCAUCUUCCUGCUACUCACAUGCCUCUGUUGCAAGAAAGGAGAUGUGGGAUUUAAGGAAUUUGAGAAUCCUGAUGGAGAGGAGUUUUCAGGAGAAUACACCCCACCAGCUGAAGAGACCUCCUCUUCACAGUCCAUCCCUGAUGUAUACAUUCUGCCUCUGUCAGAGGUCUCUUUGCCCGUUCCCAAUACACAAGCCCCUAAAACAGUGAAGCAAACGGGCUUUAGCCGCCAGGAUCUCAGCUAUCUCCAGGAGAUUGGCAACGGAUGGUUUGGAAAGGUGAUCCUGGGUGAGAUUUUCUCUGACUAUACCCCAGCCCAAGUGGUAGUAAAGGAGUUACGGGUUAAUGCCAGCCCUCUGGAACAAAGGAAGUUCCUGUCAGAAGCGCAGCCCUACAGAAGCCUUCAACAUUCCAACAUUCUCCAGUGCCUGGGGCUAUGCACAGAGACGAUCCCCUUCCUGCUGAUCAUGGAAUUCUGCCAACUGGGAGACUUAAAGAGAUAUCUGAGGGCCCAGCGCAAGGCAGAUGGCAUGACCCCUGACCUCCUUACCUGUGACCUUACCACAUUGCAAAGAAUGGCCUAUGAGAUAACGUUGGGACUCAUGCACCUUCAUAAAAAUAACUACAUACACAGUGACCUGGCCCUGAGAAACUGUCUCCUCACCUCUGACCUCACCAUCCGUAUUGGGGAUUAUGGUAUCUCCCACAACAAUUACAAGGAGGAUUAUUACAUCACUCCAGAUCGACUCUGGAUCCCAUUGCGAUGGGUUGCUCCAGAACUCCUCGAUGAAGUUCAUGGGAACCUGGUUGUUGUUGAUCAAAGCAAGGAAAGCAACGUCUGGUCCUUAGGUGUGACUAUAUGGGAGCUCUUUGAAUUUGGAAGCCAGCCAUAUCGCCACCUAUCCGAUGAGGAGGUGCUGACCUUUGUGAUCAAAGAACAACAAAUGAAGCUGGCGAAACCUCGACUGAAGUUGCCUCACUCAGAUUACUGGUACGAGGUGAUGCAGUCCUGCUGGUUAUCUGCUGAACAAAGGCCAUCUGUGGAAGAGCUUCAUCUGCAGCUCACAUAUCUAUUAAAUGAAUGCUCCAAUCAGACAGAAGAGAGUUUUGAGUGGCGCUGGAAUGCACUUAAGUCAACCAAAACAUCAGAGGGCCCAUUACGCCACUCUGAAGAGAUUUCUGCUUUCCCCCUGCUUGAUAAUUUUAAUGGGGGUGAUGGAUUUCAUGCUGACAUGGAUGAUAUAUUGACUGUAACAGAGAGCAGCCGAGGUCUCAAUUUUGAGUACAUGUGGGAGAAAGCCCGUCUAGGAAGAUGGAAGGCCACCUCUCAGUGUCAAAAUUAUCCACCCAGUAAUGGGUUGACUGUGCCAGCUAAUCCCUUUUAUGAAUCCAACCAUCAGCACUCACGCCAGAGUUUAGAGACUCCCAGUGUGGUUCCCGUAAUCAGUGCUCGUAGUCCUUCAGUCAGUAGUGAAUAUUAUAUUCGUUUGGAAGAACAUACAGAUAGAGGUAACAAUGUAGACUGUACUGUUUGUGCACCUAGUCCAAUAUAUGAGAGAAAAUAUGACCUACAAGAGCCAAGAACCCUCCAUCAACGUUUAACCAUUGGGAGCCCAGCCUCUCCUAUUGAACCACUUUUUCCAUCUGACUGGGAUCCACUUGAAAGUGGUAGAACCAGUCCAGAUGAUCCACCUGCUCAUUUGAUUUUACAUGAAGUUCCUAAGCUUAUUGAUAGAUGGACACCAAGUAACAAUAACCCUUUUAUUACUGUGGGUAGAGAAUUGCCUCGUUAUGUGAAUCCUUUCCGAGGUCCUGUAGACAGAGACUUAUCAAGGCAAGUACAGGAAACGUCUUUAAUAGAACCAAUGCCAGACGUGUUUUCGCCGGACUCUAUUCUGAAUGUUUAUCGAGACAUUGAAGAUCACAGAAGGAGCUGGGAUUCCGAUACAAUGGAAGAAAGAGGAGCAGGGGAAACACUGGCGGGAGAUCCAGAAUCUCUGGCUGAAUUUUUAGAUGACCGUGCAUCCCCAUGGGAUUGUGAGCCUUCUCUGAUGGAAGAUCAGAGUUCAGAUAGUAGCAGUAGUAGCACAGACAACAGCAAUCACCGAAAUAUGCCUUCCUGUCCCUUAUGCAGCAGGGGGGUUAUGGGUGGUCUACAGAGGUGCUCUUGUGCUAUGCUACGAGGUGAUGUUGUGAUUGAUUGGACAACACAUGUUGCAAUGCAUCAGGACCACUAUUGUCUUGACGAUGACUCGUCUUUAAAAGUUGAACAAGGUUCUCUAUCCGAAUGCUCUAUUCCCACUCGAGCCUUUGGGGAUGGUGAUCUCUUUACAGGACCUUUUGGUGAUAGCCUUUGUCCUUCAGAAAGCCAGGAAUUUUAUGACCCUCUUAUGGGAGCAGCUGUUAAAAGUUAUGACAUUCAAGACUACUGUAAUCGUAGUCAAGUAAAGGCCUAUGAAUCUCUACAGAAGAGUGUCUCGAAUCAUCCCCCAUCUCCUUUUAUUGGAAUAUCAAAUUCAAUGGCUAAUUGCAGUGUCAUUGUGCCUAUUGAAAUACCACCCCUUUCCACUCUUGCCGAAAGCAUAGAAGAAGAAGAAACCAUCGAAAUUUCAACUGAUGUUAUAAAAAGGUUCCCAGUUACCCAAAAAACAUUUGCAAUAGAAAAAAAAUCACAAAAUGAAUCAAGAGCAACAUUGGACUCUGUUGAUUCAUUGGAUAUCCCCUCCAACACCAGCUCAUCAGAUGUAUGUAGUCCCAGCUCUCAUUACUCAUCCCCUGGUCAGAAGUUUGGAGACAGUGGUUAUGAAACAGAGAAUGCCUUUUCUCCUGAGUUUAUUUUGAAGGACAUAAAAGAAGAAGAAGACCUCAAACAUGUAAAGCUACCUUUAACUCCAAUAUCUGAAUCUACAAGUGAUCUGACACUAACAGAGGAUUCAUCUGAAGCACAUGCAACACCUGAGGAAGAGGAUUCACUUCGGAAUUUAGAGAUGGGGACACCACAUCGAGAUUCUGCCUAUUUUUCUGACUAUGAUAAUGAAUGUGAAAAACACAGUAGAGCUGCUCAACAAAACCUUAAUGAUGAAAGUCACAAUGGAUUUUCCAAAGAAGAAAAGAUAACAGUUUCAGUAUUAGUAGAAAAGAAUGAUUUAAACCAAGAAGAAGGUCCAGCCUCUAAAGAUAACAAAGCAAAUAUAGACAUUACAGAGACUCCCCGUGAAAAAGACUGCAGCCUAUCAUCAAUGGAUGAUAUUUUAGUGGAUUCUAAAAAGGAAACGUUGAAUUGCAAUGGAGAGUUAACCAUGUGUCCAAAAGAUAAUGUCCCAAACCAUCUUGUUACUGAAAACACAAACACGCCAUAUGACGAAAAAAAUGAAAAACAUACUAUAAACAUCAAUCAGAGGAAUGAAGAGGACAAUGCGCUGAAAAAACAGCCAGAAAGUGGAUUUGUUGUUCAGGUUUGCAAAGAACAGCUACUUGUCUCCUUGAGGGAAAAUGUAACUCGAAAUGUACUUUCUACCUUUGAAUCUUCUGAUAUAGUAAAUUCAUGUGUGUUGAAAGACCAGGCCGUGUUAAAAUUAUGGUCAUUGGAGACAACUGCAAACACAUUGAAGGAAAGUUCAUUGAAAAAUGAAAUCAUGUGUAAAGAGCCAUCUGAACAACAGGAAGAGAGUAAUCCCCACAUCAGUGGUUAUACGAAUAACAUGGAGUCAACUUAUGAAUGCGGCAACAAGGAACUAAUGGACAUUAUCAAAGAAGAGCCUGAAGAGCCUGAUGACCCUGUUCAGGAACAACAUGAGGCAGCAACUAGACCAGACGAUGAAAAGGCAGAAAUCAAGCAGGAAACUGUUUCUGAAACCAGUGUAGAUAUGCAAGAACAGCCUGUUGAAAACUGCCAAGAAAAACAAGAUGGAAACCCUCACAGUGAAACAAAAGUACAUGCACAUGAACAAUCAAAGCUUUUCCUAGAUUUCGGUUCAACAAGUACAGGAACUGAAGCUAUAAAAGCUAAGGUUGCCAGGCUUUCAUUAUCCCUUCCGCCUCUUAACCUGCAAGCAUUUCAGAGUCCUACAGGAUGCAAGACUUUUUGGGAUAACAGUGAGGAAAAUUCAAGGGAUUCACCACAGAACAAGGAAGAGGAUGAGGAAGAGGAUGUGUUUGGCUUUCAAGACGAGCAUAGAACAGGCUCAGAAUUUGAUGGGGAUAUGGCUGGGGUCCCCAUUGUUGUAUCGGAGACAGAGGAUGGGCACAACUUACGAAGUUUGCUGAAAUCUCCCAAAUCAGCAGAUGAGUUUGACGACGAUCUUGAUCGGAAAAGGAAAAUGGUGUCGUUUUUCGAUGAUGUGACUGUUUAUCUAUUUGACCAGGAGACACCGACGAAUGAACUGAGUAAUCAGAGUGCUGCAGAGAGUGAUGAGAUUUCACACAACCCCAACGAGGACCCGACCCUUGAUAGUUUUUCACCAUCUGAUGGUUUCAGUGGAAGUUUUGAGUGGGAUGAUGAUUUUCCACUGAUGACCCAGAAUUCCUCAUUUAUUCCCAUGGCAACAGAGGGAGCCGCACUGAAGUCUCAGAUAAAUCUCACCUCGCCGCCUCCUCCUCCUUCAACAUUUCAAGGGAAACGGGUGGACGCUUCCCUGACGGACACUCUCCGAUUCACGCGUUUUACUGUUUCCCCCGCUGUAGAUCCACAUCCAGUACUUGAAACAGAUGUGGCGCCCUCUGCAGGUACUAUUGAAAACUAAAGGUGAUGGCAAAUCCCAGUCUGAUAUCCAUUAUACCAGCACACCCCUAUUUCUGUGGCCUCCACAUAAAGUAAUUGCUUGUUCAACUCUGGAUCAAGUCACAAACAAGAAAUAUAUAUAAUAAUCAAACAGGACCAGCAAGGCCUAGGCGAGGCAUAAGGGGAUUCCAGACAUUGAAUGAAGAUGCUGGAGAUACAUAUGGAUAUUCUCAGUCCCUAAUGAUCACUACUAGGAAAUGAGCUCCUCAUAGAUAAAGCAUGGAAGACCUUUACAUCAUGCAGAUUUUACAGGGAAUAU